AAAAGGCGCCCAUAGCCGUCGAACAAUGCAAAAGUAAGCACGGCUCGGAAGAGAGUUGGUUCUACGCAAAACAUGAACCAGCCUUUGCUCCAUCCGUAACGCGCAUAUGCACCACCCUCCUUAGGCUCAUCGUCCCUAAGCGCCAUCUACCUCCUCUCUACCUCCUCUCACGUUCCUCUCCUUCAAACUCUCAUCACCAUCAAUCACUCUCCCAACCCUCCUCAAAGCUUCAUUUUACCCGCCCAUCUACCCCGGCACUUCCGAUCUACGGCGACCAUCCUGACGUGUCUGUGCCGCAUCCCCAUUUUUGCAAAACGUCUCUCCUCAUGCCUUCGCACCGUACAACUGGAUGGCUUUUCCCAUAAAACACGGUCACAAAGUGGAAAAGAUCGGUGGAAAUAUUCCUUUAGGCUUCGUUGUCGGAUAUGAGGGGUAAUGGGGGGUAGAGUGGAGUGGGAAUGCGUAUGAGUAUUAUGUUGAAACUGAGAGAAGGAGGGGGCCACUGCUUGACGCUGUCAACUUGGUUGGUUUGGUAUCUGAUCACGGCCGUUGUGGACACUUAUACGACCUCCGUUUGUUCUACGGAUCCAGCAUCAAGUAUCCCUUGCAGUCGAUCCCUGUGUCUCCUCCCCGACAAAUCACCUUCCUCUCACGGAGGCUGCCCAAAAGCGUCCUCCUAUAUUGGUAUUGCCCUCUCGAUCAACAAUGAAGCGACCAAAUAUUUCUACACCAUGACGGCGUUCUACACAUCGCCGCGCAAGAGAUCCGUCCCCGACUUAUCUGGUCCGAUUUCUCAGGAGCGCACCUCGCUUGCUGGGCAUCGUACCCUCCAUUCCGAGAAUGACAUUCCAAACGCGCGCCCCAAAUCGGACGAUGGACUCCUUCUCGAUUUCGAAACCGCCGUUCCCAAUGACGUCGAUAUUGAGCUACCCCGGAUCUUGGCAUUGCCUCGAAAUCAAUGGGACCGGAAAGGGCUAUAUGAUAUCGCGUGCUUCUCGUUCAUGACGCCAACAAACUAUCAUAUCCAACCUUCUCCGUUUGUAUACGGUUCAGAACAUGCGGUUAAGGGGCAGACCAGUUACUGGAUUCGACUGCCAGUCGGACAGCGACAAUGUGUGCAAGUCCAUAUUUUUUUGGUUGUCAGUUACCAACAAUCGGCAAAGUGA